AGUUUCAUUUUAAAGCAUGCAAUAAGGAAUGCGUGACACACCAAAAGUAGGGCGGAGUUACUGGCCAAUAGGAGAGGAAACAAUCAGGUAUGAAAGAGACUCUCGAACAAAAUCUUCGUAGUGAGACUACAAAUCAAAACCCAAAGUUGAAUACGCAGUGAAAGACACCUUGACAGCAUGCCAGUAGAGCAUUAUGAGAGGGAGGCGUGCCCCCCCUGGGAUGGAGAGAGGGCUCCGGAACGCUGCAGGCAUGGGAGGCACUCGGACUCCGAGCGAAGUACUUACGUCGAUAGGCGGAAAGAUCCGAUUGUCCCUUCUGGCCGAGACAGCUCCUAUCAAACACGUCAAAAUUCGUACAAGAUGGAAAUGGAUCGGUAUGAGACAGAGUCAAGACAAGCUCUUUACAACCUCAGAUACUUUUGUACGUCAAGAGCCAUAUGCCAGGUGAUGGAGUGCUUUCUCAACAUGCUGAUCGUCAUCUGCGCGGGGGUGUCCUAUAACGCGUCCGGGGUCUACAAGGACCUGGCCAGCCUGGGAGGGAUAUACGCAUACUACUACGGAGGCGCCAACGCUUUCACGGGUGCCGACGCUGACCGCAUAAAGCAGCUGGACCAGCAGUUUUACCAGCUCAAGCUGCCCACGAGUGUAAACACCAUGGCGUGCGGAGGUGCCCUGAUGGGCUACGCCUGCAUCAUGCUGGUCCUGGGCAUCUUUCGGAUGCCAUUCCGCUACCCUGUCGUUCUCCUGGUGGAGGCGCUGCUCAACAGUCUCAUCAGCCUGGGCUACAUUCCCGCCGUGGCGUUCUACUUCAUCAAGCUGCAGGAGGUCUACGCUACAGAUGUCUGCAAGCAGAGGGCGCAGAUGUACCAGAGCAAAGGGUAUCAAGGCUUCGAUUGUCAGCUCCAAGGGGCCGAUAUCUGCGGGGGGCUCUUCGGGGCAGUGGGGGUCAUCGCUUUCGCCUUUGGCGCCGUGCUGGCCGUCCGAGCUUUUAUUGCAGUCCGGAAACGUAAGUACACAGCCCCUGACGACCUUCGCAUAUAGCAGUUUAACUAGCGUCCUGCUUGACCAAUCACCUUCCUUCUCACUGUGUAGUAUUCAGCUGAAGGGCUGUGAUCUCAUGUUUGAUUAAGCUAGUUAUUGCAAGUAACAGUUUGCACGCUGUGUCAUGAAUGUGAAGUGAGACUUCAGAUGUCUUAAAUACUUUUCUCUUGAGCAUUAUGGAGCAUUAUUUUAAAAAAUAACCACUCUAAUCGCAAGUUAUUUCAUUAAUUGCAAUGUUUACUGUGUUUUUGUGAAUAUUACGCUGUAUUUAAUUUUGUAUAUCUUAUUUUACUGUGUCAUGAGUGAAAUUUAAUAAAAAAAAAAUAUAUAUAUAGAAAAAGC